AACGUUGGUCCUGUUUCUGUGGUCUUCUUCGUCAGGAAGGAGUCGGAUUUGUAAGGAGUUUCUAGGUCUUUCAUGACCAACUCAAUCCCGUUUCAAGAGAAUUGGCGGCCAAUUCCUCGUUUGCUUGGUACCGUCUUGAGAACCAGUCCCACACAAGCUUCCGGACGAAGAAAUUACCUAUCUUACUGGACCGCUCUUUGGCGCCGGUUCAGACAUAACUGCCGUGGCGAUCGUGUAUGUUUUCAUGGUUUGCCAUGUUAUCCCAAGGUGCAGGAGAAAGUGCGAGAGCAGCUGGAGAUCGUUGUUAGUUAUGACAGAGCUCCCACGUUUGACUACAAUUCCCUUCCUCAUAUCGAAGCGUUCAUGUUGGAGCUGGAGGCCUGUAACAACCCUUGGAUUUUCUCACUGUGCUUUGGCCGAUAUCGUUUAUGGCAAUCCAACGCGACCCAGUCUUUACCCCAACCCCGACAAAUUUGAUCCCGAGAGAUGGCUCAACAACAAAGGCAAAAUUUGGGACGACAUCAAGUUCCCUUCAUAUGGCUUUGGACGCAGAAUCUGCCCCGGGCGGCACAUAGCGGAUCGUUCAGUCUUCAUCGACAUCGUGCUCCUCCUGUGGUCGUUCGGGAUCCCUCGGGACCUAGAGAACCCGACUGAUAAGAUGGGCUUCGUGGAUGGCGUGAUUUUGUACUCCAAACCGUUCACUGCACGCUUCCAGCCGAGGUUUGGGGAUGAGGCUUGAGCGACGCGAUGGCUCAGUACGGGGAGGGGUUGUAGGAUCUUGAGCACAAAGUAAUGACUUGUGCAUGAGCUUGGGAUGUGCUGAGGUUCUUUUGUCCUCAAACUAGCGCGCGGGUUGCUGCACCGACA